GAUAUUAUGUGCUAAAUGUGUCCCGUCUUUCUCCACCCUACUAUAUAUAUAUGCAAACAAAAUAUUCACUGUUUUGCAAAUACAGAGUAUAAACUACAGUCCAAGCACACCAUUGCCUCACCUAUGGCGAGCGAUCUGUAACCGCCGCUUGGAUAGGUGGAACGCUGCAACAAAGAGUUUCACCACCUUUAUAAUGCUAUAUGACAUGAACGAAGACACUCAAAGACUUAGCGCGGAAGAGCAAGUUUCCAUUAAUAACCUAUGGUGCUUGGUUAUGGAACAAGCUAGGACACUGCUACCCACCGUUAAGGUAGAUUACUUCCCGGUCAGCUCCUUCAAACAUAUAUCAGAAAACGAGAUUAAAGCAACGAUGGCCAUGGAAUUUUUACAAACACACCCCGCGUAUCACAGCGUGAUAGUACCAGACGCGAAAACAGUUCACAUCAUUCCAAGUCACGACGGCGAAGGGUUUAGUUACGAAAGAUCUUACCAAGUGUGUGGUUUUAUCGAUGCAGACGAGACAAGCACUUAUGUUGCCAAUCUACCACGUACAAUAGAACAAUUGGACUUCACAUUACACAGUAUUUCCUCAGCAAGCUCUACCGAUCAAGCGAUAGAAAUAUGGAAUGUGGUUGGCCUGCUUAACAGCACAUCUUACAAAUUAAGCCAACAUCCUGGUAAAGAAAUCCAUGAGCAUCUGAUGUACUGCAUAAAACUGGUUCAAACCAGUAACCUCAGACAAGCUUUAAACGAGAUUCGCUCGAUCAUCGUCGAUUUGCGCGUCCUUCCGAUGCUACCAGAUUAUGAAUGGGGUGAGACAUCUGACGACUUUAUGGAAGCAUACACAUCGUCGCUGGAGGGUGCUAUUAGGUCCAUAGAGGAACACUUCAAGGAUACAUUGGAGAAGCGAAGGGGUAUCGGUCGCAUUGAGCGUUUGCUUGAAGAAUGUGAACUUAAGCACAGAGUGAAGAAACGGUUUAAACUGUUGACGUCAUCGUGCAAGAAAACACCGAAAAAGAAAAUAACGAAUAAAGCGAAACGACUCCGGAGUUACACACAAUAAUGCUAUAAUAACGUCGUUAACAUGAAAUAAAAAAACAUAUGUAAGCAGA